AUGACUAUGACUGCGCCAGUGAUGAAUAAUAUAUUUAGUGAUGUCUUGGAUUAUCUGAAACUUCGCUGGGGGGAAACAUUGUCUAAUGCCACGUCUGAUCGUCGUCGAAAAAUUGAUUUAAGAAUUGUUCAUAAAGUGAAGAAGCUCGAACUCAGUCAUUCCGAAUGUGCGAAAGCUCCUACUCCUGCAAAAGCCGUGCAUGACCGUUCAAAAUGUUUACGAACAUUGAAAGGUGUUCUUGAUAAUUUUUUAAAAGAAGAUUUAUCGGAUGAAGAAGUUCAGGAUUCAAAAAUAUUAGGAAUUCAGUUUUCUGGCCUGAAUGGUCAGAUUAUAGGCGUAGAUCUUCUUGAGGAUGGACUAUAUUUCGGACUGGAAGGAUCAACUUUCAAUUUUCCGGCACAACUUACAAAUAUCAAAUGUCUUCGUGGCGCACUGGAGACCUUAUACUUUUUCAAACAAAACAUUGUUAAGAAAGCGAAGUUAAUACCUGAUCUAAAAAACUUUAAUCACCCAUAUAAUAAGAUAUUUCAUUCAGGUGCUUUAUCAGAAGCAAAACAUUUCAAGAUUAAGUUUAUCCGAAAAACGCAUUUUACUCCAAGAGAAAAAAGAAACAGUCGUACUCAAGGUUCUGAUUGA